AUGAGCCCUGCUGGAGACAACUCAAAGGAAGACAGCAGUAAAGAGACAAAGCCUAACAAGACCGCCGCACUUUACACAAUGCAGUCAACCAAGAACAGCUAUCUGAGCAAAAAGACCUACAAAAUCCCACUCCUUAAAGACAAUGGAUCAAACUACACUGCGUGGAAGUUCAGACAAACAACCGUACUACGGAUGCGCAAGCUUGAUACAAUUGCAUGGGGCAAAGAAAAGCCACCAGCCAAGUUAACAGGCACCAAUGCCACUGACAAGACAAAAGUCAACAAGCAAGAGGCUGCAUACUCAAAGUGGAAGCUGCGCAACAAUGAGGCGUUUGCUCAGAUCACAUUGAACAUGGAAGAUGGGUGCAUGGCCAAUAUAGUUGAGACCACAACAGCAUAUGAAGCAUGGACACGGAUUGUCAAGUGCUGGGAAGGGAAAGGCAUGCAAUUGCUGUUGUUCCUCUAUCAGCAGCUCAUGCAGGCAAAGAUUGACAAAGGCAAAGACUUACAGACUGGCUUCAACGCCAUCAAAGCAACUGUUGCAAAGAUUACCAUGCUAGGCAAGACCGUGAGCAACUUUAUGCUUGCACAAAUUAUUAUGAACGCUCUCCCACCAUCCUACGCAAUUGUCAACACCGUCCUCCAAACGUCACUGAACGGAGGAGCCAUCACUGCCAAGGCCGUACAGAACGCAGCCUACGCCAAGGAAGAACGGUGUUGCAAAGGAGGCAGAAUCACUGCAAUGUUUGCACAAUUGUCCAAAGGGAAUUCCACAGGCAAGAAGUUGUUGGGUAACAACAGCAAAGGGAAGAAGAAGGCUGCAGGCCCUCCCUGUGCAAAUUGCAGGAAAUCCAGACACACCAAGCAGGAGUGUUGGUCAAAAGGUGGAGGAGCCAAAGGCACAGGACUGCAGCAAAAGCGUCAGAACUUGAAGCAGUCAAAUCAGAAAACAAACAAACCUGCAUCAACGUCUAAGAAUGACACUGCAAAAGUUGCUGUUACCAACAAACCUUCCACCUCUGCUACUGGGACUAGGCUAUAUGCACUCUUAGCAUUGGAUACCUGCCUUCACAACAACAAUGUCUGGCUGCUCAAUUCAGGGGCAUCAAGACAUAUGACACCAAAUUGCAAUUGGUUCUUCACUUACCAAUGUCUGAACCCACCAACCUUAAUUCAAAUCUGUCAUGGUACAAUCAUGCAAGCAGUCAUGAAAUCCGUGCUACACGUACCCAAGUUGAACGCAAACCUCAUGUCCGUCAAGGAGCUCACAAAUGGUGGCACCAAUGUGCUUUUCCAAAAGGUGUUUGGCACAAUCCUGAUCAGCAAUCAAGGACACGGGCAAGAGAUUGGUUUUGCUAAAGAACUAAGCAACCAGCUUUACAAAGUCAAAUGCACAGUGAAACAUACCAAAGUGAUGGCACACACAGCCAUUGUCAAGCCCAACAGUACCAAUGAUUGGGACAACAUUGAAGCAAAAGAAUUUGUUGCCUACAAAUACGUGCUAGAUAUGGUCAAGAAAGGUGCAGUCAAGGGGAUGGAGAUCAUUGGAUCACAUACCCUGCCAUGCACACCGUGCAAGCUGUGUCUAAAGGGCAAGCAAACCUGUUCUCUGUUCUCCCCCUCUGAAUCCUGCUCCUCCAAAGUCCUCAAACUCCUCCAUAGCAACCUACAUGGUCCUGUUGCAGUUGAAGGGAUUGGUGGUGUAAGAUAUUUUGCGGUAACAAUCAACAACAAGUCACUCAAGAUGUUUGUUCACUUGCUCAAGUCCAAGAACAAGUACAAAACAAACUUUAAAGAUCUUAAGGCAUCAGUCAAAAAUCUUACAGGGAAGAAGAUCAAGGCACUACAUACCAAUGGUGGAGGCAAAUACUGCGCCAAAACCUUUGAAGAAUGGAUGCGCAGCAAAGGGAUUGAGCACCAAAAGACCAAAGCUGACUCAUUGGAGAGUAAUGGGUGA